CGGUACACGGAGAUAGAUUAAUUGAGGGACAGGAAACAGUGAAAAUGGGGAAUGAGUAGGGUCCAAGUCUGAUGAAUGAUGAGAAAUUAAAAUGGGGAAAUGGGUUGGUUAUGGUUUUAGUGAAGUUUUGUAUUGAGAGAGCGAGUGCCUCCGUGUGCGUGCAAUAAAUAAAAAGAAGAACAGAGAAUUAAUCAUCAUCGCUCGGUUUACGCGUUCCCUCCUCCUCCGCCUCCUCAACUCCAUAGUCUCGGAAUUUGAUUGUGAGUAGAUCUCUCUAUCGAAAGAGGCAAAAAGGAGCUCCUGCUACUACCCGGCCGAUUUCCUAGAUUUAUUGACGCUCCUCUCGGGGUUGAAAACCAGUCGGCUUGCCUUUUCUGUUCUGUUCUUCAGUAGUAGUAGAAGAAGAAGACGAGUUUAUAAAAAUGGCUGAGGAUAAAGGCAUAGCAGAGAAUAACAAGAAUGAGCAGCCCAGUGUAGUGGUUAAAAAGAAGCGCAAGGGUUUUAUGUCUCGAAUCUGGAACGGCAUUUUUAGACUUCAUGGUGACGAUUUUGAGAAGAGGCUGCAAAACAUUUCUAAGGAAGAAGCUGCUGUUUUAUCUAGAAUGAAAAAGAGAUCCCUUACUUGGAGGAAGAUGACUAGGCAUCUCAUUAUUUUCUCUGUCAUUUUUGAGGUAAUUGCAGUAUGUUAUGCCAUCAUGACAACGAGAUCAAUGGAUUUGAAUUGGAAGAUGAGGGCAUUCCGAGUUUUGCCAAUGUUUCUUUUGCCUGCUUUGUCAUCUAUUGCUUAUUCAGCAUUUGUAAGCUUUACAAGGAUGUGUGAUCGCAAAGACCAGAAAACUCUAGAAAGGCUCCGGGCUGAACGGCAAGCCAAAAUUGAUGAACUUAAAGAGAAGACAAAUUACUAUACUACACAGCAACUCAUUCAGAGAUAUGAUCCUGAUCCAGCUGCAAAGGCAGCUGCAGCAACUGUUCUUGCGUCUAAGUUGGGUGCAGACUCUGGCUUGAAAGUUUAUGUGGGAGAUGAAGCUAAGCUUAAUACUCCAACAGGGAAGAGUAAUGAUGUUGAGUAUGCGCAAGCUAGUGGGCUUCGAAAUAGAAAGCAGGUGCAAACUAGAUCCAGUAGUGCAGGGAGUUCUCCAGUACAUCAUUCUAAUGAAGAAAUUAUAUGUUCUCCACAAAGCGAAGGUCUUGAAACUUCUGAGCAUAAUCAACUUGUUGUUGAGCAUCAUAAUCCACAGGCUUCUACUAUGCACGAUGGGGGAUGGAUUGCUCGAUUAGCGGCAUUACUUGUGGGUGAGGAUCCUACACAAUCCUACGCACUAAUAUGUGGCAAUUGUCGAAUGCACAAUGGGCUUGCUAGGAAGGAGGAUUUUCCAUACAUUACUUACUACUGUCCACACUGCCAUGCCCUGAAUCAGCCGAAACAAUUGGAACAACGAGGUUCUGGUUCUAAUUCCCCCAUUUUGGGUGGUUUAAAAGACGGGGGAAAUGCUGUAGUAGUCAACAAUGCCAGCAACCCAAUGGGCGAUAGUACUGUCCCAAGCAAGAGCCCUGCUACAGCUGAUUCCGAGAUUAGGGAAGUAACUGAAAGACUAGUAGCUGGGGAUUUGUCUAGUUAAUAUAUAACCUAGUGUGAGCCUGUCAUUAGUGUGUUAGGUCCGGGUGCCUUUCUAUGUGUUGGAUUUGUAAUAGGUAUGCUUGAGUGUUCGUGUAAUGCUUGAGAUUUGGUGGGUGAUUUCUUUCUGUACUUUACAAUAUACAAAUAGAUCAUGGCUCAAUUGUAAUAGUGGAAAUUAUUUACUCUUUUUGACAAUUCUUUUUGUAAACGCUAACGCCACAUAUAAGGUGAAAAUUCUUUUCGGAUUGA